ACUCCCGCCGGCGGCUGGGUUCUCCCGGAGGCGCGCCCGAUCGCGGCGGCCGCCAACAUGGCCGAGACGAACGAGGAGGUGGCGGUACUGGUGCAAAGGGUGGUGAAGGACAUCACUAACGCCUUCCGCAGGAACCCGCACAUAGAUGAAAUUGGUCUGAUCCCAUGUCCCGAAGCAAGAUAUAACCGGAGUCCCAUUGUGCUGGUUGAGAACAAACUCGGCGUGGAGAGCUGGUGUGUCAAGUUCUUAUUACCAUAUGUCCACAAUAAGCUCCUCCUGUACAGAACGAGAAAGCAGUGGCUAAACAAAGAUGAACUGAUAGAUGUCACCUGCACUCUGCUGCUGCUCAACCCAGACUUCACCACUGCAUGGAAUGUGAGGAAAGAGCUCAUCCUCUCUGGCACUUUAAGUCCAGUUAAGGAUCUACAUCUGGGAAAAUUGGCCUUAACUAAGUUUCCCAAGAGUCCAGAGACAUGGAUUCACAGGCGCUGGGUGCUGCAGCAGCUAAGUCAGGAAACGUCCCUGCCUUCCUCUGUGGCCAAAGGAAGCUUAGGUGUAGUUCCUGCAGAAAGGACCCAGCGGAUAAUACAGGAAGAGAUGGAAGUCUGCAGUGAAGCAGCAGGGAGAUAUCCCAGCAACUAUAAUGCCUGGUCCCAUCGCAUCUGGGUUUUACAGAACGUGGCCAAGCUGGAUCUGAAGAUCCUUCUUGAUGAACUAUCUUCUACUAAACACUGGGCGUCCGUGCAUGUCUCAGACCACAGUGGAUUUCACUAUCGCCAGUUCUUGCUAAAGUCCUUGAUUAGCCAGACAACGACAGACAAUGCUGUACCGCAGCACAACUCUUUGAAAUGUGAGCCGAAAGAUGAAGCAGCAGCAGCCUCAGCAGAGGAGCCCAGUGUGAACCUUCCCCAGCUCCUAGAAGAAGAGGUGGAAUUCUGCACAGAUCUUAUUGAUUCCUAUCCAGGGCAUGAAACCCUUUGGUGUCACAGGCGACACGUUUUCUACCUUCAACAUCACUUAAAUGGCAGGCUCCCUCCAAGCUUGACUCCCCUGUCACCCUCAGACUGCUCUGGGGCAGCUUUGAAUGACUUGCACCAGAUUCCAACCAGCCCUCAGCUAUCUCAGGCAAUGGAAGUAGACGGACUGAGUGACUCAAGCAAGCAAGGCUAUUCCCAGGAAACCAAGCGCCUAAAGCGGACCCCAGCUCCAGACUCCCUAGGCCUGGAGAUGGAGCACAAGUUUAUUGAUCAAGUGUUGUCUACUUGUCGGAAUGUAGAGCAAGCCAGGUAUGCCAAUGCAUACAGGAAAUGGCUGGUGACUUUGAGUCAGUGACAGGGGUGGAUUCAGCCUAAGAAAUUCCUUUUAGUGCAAUAUUGCUUUUCUUUCUCAACGCUAUAGUUGCAUGAACUGACUGGCUAACUGUAUUUUUCAUCUACAGCUUAAAAGUCUAUAAGGAACCUUUUGUUUUAUUUAUUUUGUUAAGAGCCGGCAUUCCUUUGGGUAUAAUCGUGUAGUUCCUUCCUGCUAAACAGUGUCUUAAUUCUUUUUUUUUUUUUUUUCCUCUUUGGUCCAUGGCUUUCUCCGUCCAUACUUGGGCUUCUCAUUUGGCUCUUGUGAUUGCCUCCCAUACUUACUCACCGCAGUUCAGUUGCUAUAUAGGCAGUUUCUUUAAACAUUGAAAAUUUUUGUUGUAGUUCAGCUUAAGAAUAUUAACACAUAUGCAGAAGAACUUACUCUAACUGCAGUUUUGAGAAUAAAAUGGCUAGAUGGGGCCGUGAGGAUGUAAGCCACUUCUUCCUCAAGCAUGUUCUCCAGUUAUCCACUAAGAGAACCAAAGCCAGGAGUGUUGAAAUUUAUAUAGAAAAAAAAAUGCUUCCAAUGUAAUCUAUUUUUUAAAUGAUUAUUUAAAAAAAAACUAAACUAAUUUAAGAGUUUAUGUAAUUGUAGUACUGAGAAAUUAUUUUUAUUACUAGUUUUGAUAGAUUGUUUUUACCUCAUAUUUGGUAUAUGCCAAAACAGCAAGUCAGCCCUCAUAAAAUAAAUUCUUUUUUAAAAAAAA